ACGCCUGGCCACCGGACUGGGAGGACGUGACUUCUUCCAAACACCUCUUUUUAAUACAACCUUGUGUUGCUCAACUCAGCGUGAAUGUGCCAAGUGAAAUUCAUGUUUAUGUAGAAUGCGCAACACAUAUUAGGAAAAAUUCGGUGGUUGUAUGCGAUCAAGUUUUUAAAUUUGAAUUAUACACUUCAGCACCACAGUUGUACAGGGAAAAACAGGUACAGCAUGUGGUGACUGUGAGGCGGGCCCCAUCCUGAGUCUGUACGAUGAAGAGCCCGGUGCACAGGUGCAGGGACGUGGAGAGGCAGGCUGCCUGCCUGCAGACUGAGCAGCCGUGUGUCCCCGUCUCCCAGCACAUCCCCAGCGGCAUGUGGUUUAUCAGGGACGCGUGUGGCAUCGUGUGCGGGGUUAUCACCUGGAUGUUGGUGUUCUAUGCUGAGUUCGUUGUGCUCUUCGUCAUGCUGUUGCCUUCUAAAAACCUGACCUAUAGUUUAGUCAAUGGGACUGUGUUCAACACUCUGGCCUUCCUGGCUCUCGCCUCUCACUUCAGGGCCAUGUGUACCGACCCUGGAGCUGUGCCAACAGGAAACGCCACUAAAGAGUACAUCGAGAGUCUUCAGCUGAAGCCGGGACAGGUGGUGUACAAGUGUCCCAAGUGCUGCAGCAUCAAGCCUGACCGGGCACAUCACUGUAGUGUGUGUAAGCGCUGCAUAAGGAAGAUGGACCACCACUGUCCCUGGGUUAACAACUGUGUGGGAGAGAACAACCAGAAGUUCUUUGUGCUCUUCACA